CAAUCAGUCCGGAGGGUGGGGGAUGCCUGGAGUAUUGUCGCUGCUGCUUCUGCUUUCCUUGAGAAUCAGUUAACCAUACCAAUUAAUUCUCCACUUUUUUCUUUUCAUAUAUCGUCGUUUAUUAGUGUUGUUAAGAAGAGAGAGACUUUUGUUGAAGAAGAUCUGAGAGAGACAGAGAUCAGAGGGAGCCGCGAGCGAGACUGGCUGAUUAAAUUGAUUCUGAUUUUUGAAGAAAAUUAGGAAAGGAUGGGGGAUGAGGAGGAGCAGCGGCGGAAGGCGGCCAAAAACAAAGAGGUGAUUCGACUGGAGCCAGAGUCGGUGAUCCCAGUACUCAAGCCCAAGCUUAUCAUGACCCUGGCCAACCUCAUUGAACAUUCUUCUGACCGCUCUGAAUUCUUGAAGCUCUGCAAGAGAGUUGAGUAUACUAUUCGAGCUUGGUACCUUCUUCAGUUCGAGGACCUCAUGCAAUUGUACUCUCUCUUUGAUCCUGUUCACGGGGCUCAAAAGUUGCAGCAGCAAAAUUUAUCCCUGGAUGAAAUUGACAUUCUUGAACAGAACUUCCUGACAUACUUAUUUCAGGUGAUGGAAAAGAGCAACUUCAAAAUAGCCACUGAUGAUGAAAUUGAUAUUGCGCAUUCAGGUCAAUACCUUCUGAAUCUUCCAAUCACCGUUGAUGAGUCAAAGCUUGAUAAGAAACUCCUGAAGAGGUAUUUUGAAGAGCAUCACCGUGAAAAUCUUCCAGAUUUUGCUGACAAGUAUGUGAUAUUCAGACGUGGCAUUGGGAUUGACCAGACCACUGAUUACUUUUUCUUGGAGAAAGUUGACAUGAUCAUUGCUCGCCUUUGGACAUGGUUUUUAAGAAAGACUAGGUUAGAAAGGUUAUUCUCCAGGAGAUCAGUUUCACGUCAAAAAAGUGACCAGAAGAAAAGUGACGAGAAAACUGCUGACAAUGAAGAAGAUUGCAUAUUUGUUGAACGUAUCCGUCUUGAGAAUAUGGAGAUCAGUUUUCGUAGUCUGCUGAGCAAAAUCACAAUACAAGAACCUACAUUUGAUAGAAUCAUCGUCAUCUACAGGCAAGCAGGUACUCAACUAAAACCAGAACGAGGAAUAUUUGUGAAACAUUUCAAAAAUAUUCCUAUGGCUGAUAUGGAGAUUGUACUACCGGAGAAGAAAAAUCCAAGUUUAACUCCCAUGGAUUGGGUCAAGUUCCUCAUUUCUGCUGUAGUUGGGCUGGUUGCUGUUGUUGGUUCCCUUGAAGUACCUAAAGCUGAUCUCUGGGUGAUUUUUGCAAUUGUAUCCACAGUGCUUGGUUAUUGUGCCAAGACAUAUUUCACCUUUCAACAGAACAUGGCUACAUAUCAGAGCUUGAUCACUCAAUCAAUGUAUGACAAGCAAUUGGAUAGUGGAAAGGGAACUCUUCUUCACUUGUGUGAUGAUGUCAUUCAGCAGGAAGUGAAGGAGGUGAUAAUUUCAUUCUUCAUAUUGAUGGAACAGGGGAAAGCUACAUUGCAGGAUCUUGACCUGCGGUGCGAGGAACUAAUAAAAGACGAAUUUGGUGAAACGUGCAAUUUUGAUGUUAAUGAUGCUGUACAGAAAUUAGAAAAGUUGGGCAUUGUUGCUCGGGACACCAUCGGAAGAUAUUACUGUAUAGGUCUUAAGCGUGCCAAUGAGAUAAUUGGGACCACCACAGAGGAGCUUGUUCUUAAAGCUAGGCAAGGUGGUGCUGCUUCUUGAGUUCUUUCGGGAAAUGAAAGCUCUGCCAUUUUUUGCCUAAUUUCUUUGCUGCACGAGCUACAGUUGUAAAUUCUGAACGAACAGUUACUCUGCAGUAGGGUGCAAUUUUCAUUUCUUUUCUUUUUUUUUUUUAAUUUUUGUUCCCCAUUAGAUUUUGGCUUUGGAAAACAGUAGUAUAUUUCUUGAAUAUUUGGAGAAUGAACUCACGAGGGUAGAAAUAUUUGUUGAGAACCGGUUGGCUCGUUAGACUGGAAUCCUCGGGUAAAAUGGUGUGAUGAUGUAUGCUAAUAAAAUUCCUUUUUUUUGGCUUGUAA